UUUCGGGAGCGGGGCUCCUUGCGGUUCCCGACCCUCAGUCGGGGCGGUGGAUCUCAGAUUAAAUUAAAGGCGGAGGUAGCCAACUGAGGUCCCCUGUCUGGGAGUUCCUGAUGGGUCUUUGAUCAAAGUAAUUACCCUCUGACGCAGGAGACAAACCGAUCUCUCCCAGACAUGGAGGUGAAGGGGCAGCUGAUGAACUCAACCAGCUACAGCUCUUCAGAGGCCUUGCAGCGGGAUGUCUGUCCCCGAAUUCGGCUGGAACGUGUGCAAGAACUCCUAGAGAAGCAGCGGUCACUUCAGCAGGUGCUCAGCCUACGUCUUAAGGAGUUACGCCGGGUCUGUCUGCAAGAAGCAGAGCUGACAGGAAAAUUGCCACCAGAGUAUCCACUGGAACCAGGAGAAAGACCCCAGCCUGUGCGGAGGAGGCCAGCGAUUGCCUGCCGAAUUUCCACUGCCCUAAUGAAUGAGGAAGCACCUUCCCUGGAGGAGCUGACGUGUGAGUUGGCACUACAGCAGCAGAUGGCAGAGGCUGCCCGGCGUCUUGCCAUUGCCCCUGACCUAACUGCAGAGCAGCGCCGACGCCGAAAGCAAGUCCAGACGGAUGCUGCUCAGCGCCUUCGGGAGCUCGAGGUGCAGGUCUUGGAGUGCCGGCUGCGGCUGGGCAAAGGGCCCCUGCAGAGGGGUGGCCAUGAAGAAGCUUUUCAUUCAGAGAGCAGCUCCCUCUCCGAAUCAGCCAGCCAUGAAAAUGGGGUUUGUGGCUGCUUCUAUCCUAUGCAUUGUGCUCUGUCCUUAGACGACCCACACAGCUUCCAUCCUUCCAAAGUCUCCAACCAUCAGGGGACUUUCUCUGAGCGACCUUCACCCCCUAAGGCCCGCGAUCACCUCCGGGCCAUCUCCAGCAGCCCCGACCGUCGGCCAGGAUGGCGCCUUUUGCAGCCAGAUCUAUACAGUGAUACAAAAGACCGUAGGAACUCUGUGGCCAGCCCUACCAGUCCAAACCGUACCCUCCCCAGGAGCGUGUCCAGCUUUGAGGGCCGGAGUGUCCCAGCUACGCCAGUGCUAGCCAGAAAUGCUUGCAGCGGAAGCCACCAGUUCAGGUCAGAGGCUCCAGGCCUCCAGCCCCGCCAGUGGUCAGGCAGUCACGAUUCCCAGCUCGGCCCCCCCAGCCGUGACACGAGUGCCGACCGGGCCUCUCUCUUUGCUGCUCGGACCCGCCGAAGCAACAGCUCGGAGGCCUUGAUUGAGCGGGCCCCUUCAGACGAGGCGCCCUUGCCUUCCGGCCCCCCUUUCAAAAGUGCUGAGGCCCUUACCCCUUCCCUCUCAGGCCGGAGCCCCCGCCCGCCCUACAGCGACCUGCUUCUGGACUAUUACCUGGAGCGAAGGUGCUGGGGCAGGGGUGAGCACCUGUCCCGCAGGGAUGGGCUGCCGCAGCCAGAGUGGGGGCCCUUUCCUGAGAGCCCCCAGCAGCGCCGAGCCCGGCCAGCAGCCCGCACGAAAUCCUGCGGCCCGCUCUUGCCCCCCCAGCCCCGGGAGGUCGGUUACGGCCCCCCGUUGCCCCCUCACCGUAACUUCCACAAAGCCCUGGCCCUGGAGGGCCUCAGGGACUGGUACCUGCGAAAUGCCGGAGUCAGCCAGCGCGCCGCACCGGAGAGGAGGGGAGCGCUUCUCUCUGUACACCAGCAGAUGCGCAGCUACUAUGAGCCAGUGCCCUCCAACCCGGAGAUGGGCUACUACGGGGGGCCAGGAGGACUGCCCCACUCUGUGAGCUAUGCUGGGCAGCCGCUCUAUGGCAGACCUUUUGGGGAGCUGCUUUACAUGGAUGACUCUGCAGGCCCCUACAACUCGGACUCCGCAGAGCGCCAACCCCCUGGGACACUGGUCUGACCCCUGCUUUUUUCCCCCAAGGGGAACUGGAGUUCUUUUUCAUUCUAUUUUUCUUUCCUCGCUGGUGCCUCUUUUGUGUGGGUAGGGGUUGGGGGUAGGGAUUCCCUGCUGGCAGGGUGUGUGCACGUGUGCAUGUGUGUGAGAGAGAGGAUGGAUUGUUGCAUGUCACAAUGGACACAACUGGGGGGCAGGAAUGUGUCCUCAGUUCUUCCUACACAUGGUUAGCUCCCCCCCACAAAAAUUGCAAUAUUUGGGACAUGUGUUUGCACUGCCUCACCUUCACUCCCUUGUGAAAGGGCUUUACUGCUGCGGGUUGGGCCCUCUUUGGAUGCCUGGAGAACCGUGCAACAGGGCCAGCGCUGCCCUGGCUCUUUGGCUUCGGUGUGGCAUCGUAAACGCAAAAUCCUGGAAUGUAUAAUCAGAGGUGUGUGUAUAUUUGUGUGUUGUGAAAUGUUAAAUAGCACAGACCUGCCAUCUUGCUAAUGAACAUCAGUCCUGUGAAAACAAGAGCUGGGAGGUGGGGGGAACCUUGUAGUCCACAGACCUCCUGCUGCCCCAGUACUGAGCAACUUCUGUUUAUACCCUAAAUCUGUGUUCCCUUCAUACUCCAGCAUCACUUUUGCCAGGCCCAGAGAAAGGACAGGAUGAGGAGAAAAUCCACAGGACGUUCUCAGGACCUGGUCACUGGGCAUGCCUUAUGAGCAAAUGUCUCCCUGUUGAGUGAAGCACUCCAUGGGUGGUGCACGCCCUAAUUUACUGGCUUUGGUGCAUUUGAAUGCUGACAUAAGGGUGGAGGGUCAGGAUGUAUCGUCUGAAGAGCUAGUCUGUCAGGACUUUUCCACCCUUUACUGUGGAAUCCCUGGGCUGUUUCCCCCAGCAGAUGGGCCUGAGGGCUUCCCAAGACACUCUGUUUCAGAGGUAGGCACACAUGCUUCACGUGGGAUGUUGGAGGAUGCCGGAGUUCUGCAGAGGGUUCCCACACCAAGCAUAAUGCAUAGAGCUGCCCUUGAUACUUAUUGCAAGCAGCACAGCCACAAACCUGUUCACACCCUUUCCCCGUUUCCUUAUUUUACUCUGUCACUCACCUAUCAAGGUGAGCCCUUCCCAAACCCACCCCUGCCUUGUUUAAAACAAUAAGUUAGAAAAGUGUGACAGUUUUUCCUCCUCCUCACAAUUGCACAACAAGAAAUGGUCAUUGUUUAAACUCUGCUUUUGACAAUUGAGUCCAUACGAAAGGGGGCUGGGGGUAAGGUGUGGGGAGGAAGAGGAGGAGGAGAGAGAGAAUGCUGCAGACUCUCUUCUCCCUUCCUUCCAGGAAGGAAUAAGGGCCAUAUCAGCGUCACUGUCUUGUGUGUCUUUUUAAUAUACACUACUGUACAGAUUGUAUAUGGGGGUCUGAAUGUAAAACAAAGCACUGUGCAUAUGAAAAGGUUUCUAUAAUAAAGAUUGUAAAGGUGA